CUUUCUUUCUUUCUUUUUGACGAAUAAUUAAAGAUGAUUGACUUGAUUAGUUUUGUUAUUGUCCUUCUUUGCACAUAUCUUCUUAAUUUGAUCAACUAUUUUGUAGUCCUCCUUUGCGCAUAUCUUGUUUCCAAGCUAGUUCAGUCUUCACUCUCUGACAAGUCGAAACAGAAUAUCAAUCGACUCCCUCCUGGUCCAAAACAAUGGCCUAUUGUAGGUAACCUUUUUCAGUUAGGGCAAUUACCUCAUCGAGACAUGGCUUCUUUUUGUGAGAAGUAUGGGCCAUUGGUCUAUCUCCGACUAGGUAAUGUUGAUGCUAUCACCACCAAUGAUCCAGAAAUCAUAAGAGAAAUACUUGUACAACAAGAUGAUGUUUUUGCAUCUAGACCAAGAACUCUUGCUGCAGUGCAUCUAGCUUAUGGUUGUGGGGAUGUAGCAUUGGCUCCUUUAGGUCCAAAAUGGAAAAGAAUGAGAAGAAUUUGUAUGGAACAUUUGUUGACAACUAAAAGGCUCGAAUCAUUUAAAAAACAUAGGGCAGAUGAAGCCCAAAAUCUAGUUAAAGAUGUUUGGGAUAAGGCCCAAAAAGGACAAAUAGUGAACUUGAGGGAAAUUUUGGGUGGAUUUUCAAUGAACAAUGUGACUAGGAUGUUGUUAGGGAAACAAUACUUUGGGGCAGAAUCAGCAGGCCCACAAGAAGCAAUGGAAUUUAUGCAUGUAACACAUGAGUUAUUUUGGUUACUUGGAGUGAUUUAUUUAGGUGAUUAUUUACCUUUGUGGAGAUGGAUUGAUCCUUAUGGCUGUGAGAAGAAAAUGAGGGAUGUCGAGAAAAGGAUUGAUGAUUUUCACAUGAGAAUAAUAGAAGAACAUAGAAAGAAGAAAGAUAAUAAAAAUAAUAAUAUUGAUGAUAAUGAUGAAGGUGAAAUGGAUUUUGUGGAUGUUUUAUUGUCUUUGCUAGGAGAAGAUGAAGGAGAUGGAAAUGGAAAGCAACACAUGGAUGAUGUAGAGAUUAAAGCUCUCAUUCAGGAUAUGAUAGCUGCAGCCACAGAUACUUCUGCUGUGACCAAUGAAUGGGCAAUGGCUGAGGUGAUCAAGCAUCCACAUGUCCUCAAGAAGAUUCAAGAGGAGCUCGAUAUAGUUGUCGGGUGGGGUCGGAUGGUAACGGAAUCCGACUUGAUUAAUCUCACGUACCUUCGUUGUGUAGUACGUGAAACUUUUCGAAUGCAUCCUGCCGGUCCGUUUCUAAUCCCACACGAAUCAAUACGUGAUGCCAACAUUAAUGGCUAUUACAUCCCGGCCAAGACACGUGUCUUCAUCAACACGCACGGUCUUGGACGGAACACCAAGAUUUGGGACAACAUAGAUGAGUUUAGGCCAGAGAGACAUUUACCACAAAAUGAUGAUAAUGAAAAAAACAUCAAUGCUAGAGUUGAGAUAAGUCAUGGACCAGAUUUCAAGAUUUUGCCAUUUAGUGCUGGAAAAAGGAAGUGCCCUGGUGCACCAUUGGGUGUGAAAUUGGUGCUUAUAGCAUUGGCUAGGUUGUUUCAUUGCUAUGAUUGGAGUCCACCAAAUGGAGCAAGGCCAGAAGAUAUUGAAACAAAUGAGGUUUAUGGAAUGACUAUGCCUAAAGCUAAGCCCUUGAUGGCUGUUGCAAAGCCUCGAUUGCCUGCUCACUUAUACCAUUAACUAAUUAUUCUUAUUCAAUAAAAAUGUAUAAAUUCCAUAUACAAACUAAAAGUGUGUUAUUUUAAUAAAAGUUUUAGCAAGUGGAUACUGAAAAGACAUUGGAGUGAUUAUGUUUUUAAUGAAGUAAAAAAAAGUUAAAUGAUAGGUAAUUUGAAGUUAGUUGUAGAGGAAUCAAAUUUACCCCCAAAUUCAUUGUUGAUGAUGACGAUUUUAGUUAAUCGUCAAUUACUGGGCUUCAAUUGAAGCAUUCCAUGAAUGCUAAUGCUACUAACUUGUCAAAGGAGGGUAAGGGAUUUCUAACUACUCCAUAUACUAAGUGAUCUGGUCUCAAAGUCAUUCUCCAUGUGCUGCAAAAAUCAGGUCUCAAAGUUAUUUUUCUACUGAAAGAAUGAUUACGUCACAAAUUAGAUUAUGUGUUGAGCCAUCAAAAGUUCAACAAAACAAAUCCUCCAAAAGAAAGGAGCAGAUGGGUGUGAAGAUGGUUGAUAAAGGUGUUGUUGUUCCUCCUAAAAAAAUAAAGAAAUGCAUAUGUCCAAAGGAUGACAUGGAUGAUGUUGUAUCAUCAAAAAAGAAAAGGAGAAAGGUUUGCGUUCUUUGGAACGAAAAAAGUUACAUACUAUCUGAUUUGGAGGUACAUUCUCAGUUAUUAUAAAAUGCAUAGUAUUGCACUUAAUGUAUAAUUAAAAUUUUUGACACAAGUGAGGUUAAUGAAAUACCUAUACCUAAUGUUAAGCCUUCUAUGGCUGUUGAUAAGCCUCGACUGUGUUAAAAAGCUCAGCUAUGGAAGAUUAAUUGCAGAAUGAAAGGAAGAAAGAAAAGAGAAAGGAAAACCCUUUUUUAUGUAGGCUCAAUGAAACAG